UCGGCUUCCGGGUGGGGCCCGAGCCGGGAAGACGUCGCCACCUCCACCACCUCUUCCACCUCCUCCAUCACCUCCACCACCACCUCCUCCAUCACCUCCUCCAUCACCUCCACCACCACCUCCUCCACCACCUCCUCCACCACCUCCACUCCUCCAUCACCUCCACCACCACCUCCUCCACCACCUCCUCCACCACCUCCUCCACCACCACCUCUUCCACCUCCUCCACCACCACCUUCACCACCACCACCACCUCUUCCACCUCCUCCAUCACCUCCACCACCACCUCCUCCAUCACCUCCUCCAUCACCUCCACCACCACCUCCUCCACCACCUCCUCCACCACCUCCACCACCACCUCCACCUCCUCCUCCACCUCCUCCACCACCACCUCGUCUCUCUCCUCAUGGCCGCGUCACCUGCCGACGCCGCGGGCGAGCAGGGCGCGGCGAGGCGGCGCGCCGCCCACGGGAUGCUGCAGCGCUACUACGGCAUGGGCGGCCCAGAGGCCCCGGGCGUGGCGGGCACCCAGACCCCCGAGAGCCGCGGGCCCUGCGACAUCGACGGCGCUGACUUCGACCCCGAGAUCUACCUGGGGCAGCUGCGGAAAGAUUGCAGCCUCCCCGAUCUGAUGAGCCGGGAGGCCGACAUGGUGCGGCAGAUCCGAGCCCUGGACAGCGACAUGCAGACGCUCGUCUACGAAAACUACAACAAGUUCAUCUCUGCCACAGACACAAUUCGCAAAAUGAAGAACGAUUUUAAGAAGAUGGAGGAUGAGAUGGAGUGCCUCACCUCCAACAUGGCUGCCAUCACGGAGUUCAGUGGUAAAAUAAGCGGCACCCUGCAGGACCGUCGGCAGCACAUCACCAAGCUGUCAGGUGUGCACGUGCUGCUUCGCAAGCUGCAGUUCCUGUUUGAGCUUCCCGCACGCCUGCACAAGUGCAUCGAGCUGGCGGCGUGGGGUCAGGCAGUACGCUACUACAGCAAAGCGCGGGCGGUGCUCCAUCAGUACCAGCACAUGCCUUCCUUUCGUGGCAUCCAAGACGACUGCUCCAGCAUCAUGACCGCGCUCGCGCAUACUCUGCAUGAGCGUUUCCGGGACAGGGAGGCGAGCGCCAAGGAGCUGGCGGAGUGUGUGGACCUGCUGCUGCAGCUCGGGGAGCCGCCAGCGCACCUGUGGGAUGAGUUCCUGUCCCAUGCUCGUGCGCGGCUCUGCUGCGACCUGGAGACAUUGCAGUCCGUGCCCGGAGACGCAGGGAGGAUGCAGCUCGACGCGGGAAACUUUGGGGGCAGCCUUGAGGAAAGUGGCAAUGUCCAAUCUCCACCCACCGACAUCCUGGAGUUUAUUGACCGGGGCUGCAACGGCUUCAUCAGCAACAUGUGCCUGUCAAUCGCCUCCUUCCAGCAACUGUUCAUCAGCCAGUGUAGCGACGGGGACUCGGCACAAGCCCUUGAAAAGCUGCAAGCGUUUGUGAACGAGCUGAUGGAGCGAUACUUUGAGCUGGUGGAGGCACGCGUCAAGGAGGAAAAGAGCCUGGGAGACAAUUCACUGCUGGUGCGGGCGUUGGACCGAUUCCAUCGCCGCCUGCAGGCGCUGUCGCGGUUGCUCCCGGGGCUGGGCGUUGUGGCCGUGGGGAUGGGCAUCGUGGAGAGGUCUGCCCGCGCGCGCCUGCAGCAGUAUGCCCGCGCUCUGGAGGAGUUCCUGGCGGACUGUUUGACGGAUGCACGGCAAGCGCUGGCUGCCCCACGCCUCGUGGGAAAGGACAGCCCCAGCCUGCCCGAGCUGCUGGCCCAGCUCUCCUGUGCCACUCUCAACAAGAUUAAGGCCGUGCUGGCUGAGGUGCAGCUGUUCUGUGCCAAGGACAUCACGUUCUCGGUCAAACCGUACUUCAAGGGCGAGUUCUGCAGCCAGGGAGUGCGGGAGGGGUUGGUCGUGGGCUUCAUACAGCACGUCUGUGCCCUGGGGAAGCACUACAGCGAGGGGAGCCCUGGGGGCCCCGGGGAGCGUGGGGCCACCCCUCCAGCUCUCCUGUUGCUGCUGUCGCGCCUCUGCCUUGACUACGAGACGUCCACCAUCAGUUACAUCCUCACACUGACGGACGAGCAGUUCCUCGUGCAGGACGAGUCCCCGAUGACGUCGGUGUCGGCGCUGUGCGUGCGGGCGCGCGAAGCGGCCACGCGGCUGCUCACGCACUACGUGCGCGUGCAAGGCCUCACGCUGUCCCAGAUGCUGCGCAAGAGCGUGGAGACACGCGACUGGGUCCACUCCAUCGAGCCGCGGAACGUGCGUGCCGUCAUGAAGCGCGUGGUUGAGGACAUCACGGCCAUCGAUGUGCAGGUCGGGUUGCUGUUUGAAGAGGGCGUGCGCAAGGCUCACAGCAGCGACUCCAGCAAGCGCGCAUUCUCCGCUCACAGCAGCUCCCGGCAACUACAGCAACCACCCCCUCGCUACGCGCCCAGCUAUACACCAAGUGCACCCAUGGACACAAGCCUCCUAAGCAACAUUCAGAAGUUGUUUUCUGAACGUGUGGACAUCUUCAGUCCUGUAGAGUUCUCAAAGGUUUCAGUGCUGACAGGCAUCAUCAAAAUCAGCCUGAAGACCUUUCUGGAAUGCGUGCGUCUGCGCACGUUUGGCCGGUUUGGGCUGCAGCAGAUCCAGGUGGAUUGCCACUACCUGCAGCUCUACUUGUGGCGCUUCGUGAGCGAGGAGGCACUGGUUCAUGCCCUUCUCGACGAGGUGCUGGCCAGCACUCUGCAGCGCUGCAUCCAGCCCAUCCCCAUGGAGACCAGCGUCAUCGAAGUCAUCUGUGAAAGGGGCUGAGGCAUGGCCAAAACUAUUAAGCUCCUUUAUCCAGGAAAGUCUCCAACUCUAUUCAGGAGGGUCCAGUCAAGUUUUUGCAGCAGGGAGCAACAUUGCUCUGUGUCACCCAAUUCCAGUGACAGUGUGCUUUUUAGAUAUUUGGGAGAAAACCCAUGCAGACCAAGGGGAGAACAUACAAACUCUACACAGGAGGGUGCCUGAGUCGGGAAUUGAACCCAGGCCCUUCUUGCUGUGAGGUGCGAGUGUUACCAAUGCGCCACAACCCUGUUGCUCUAUUGACUGUUGAACUUCUUUCGCACCGUACAUAGCCAACCGUGCUAAUUGGAGGUGUGAUUGGCACGUUUGAUUAUGAACCGCAUCACUGAGGUUUGCUUGCAGUCUUCUGCAAAUGACGUUAAUAUUUCUAGAGAAUCAAAGUUUGGCUGGACAAUGCAGAGUGUCCCCAAGAAGCCAACUGUAAAUGUACAAAAUCAUUGGUGGUUUGAGCUUCGGUGGGUUCACAAGAGGCUGCUCAGUCUACUGUAAGAGCCACUUUACACAAGUGCCCCCAUGUGCAUCUUUGUAGUUACAUCUCUUUGUAGGACUGCCACAUGGAUUACCAGUUACUAAUCUGUCACCUGAAAAAUAUAAAUGCUUUGGAAUUAAACUGA